AUGUCGUCAAUUCAGGCCAGAAAAGAUGAGAUCCUCGCAAAGAAGGUGAAGCUCGCAGAGCUCAAGCGACAACGUGAAUUGCGCCAGAAGGAGUUCACCACCAACAGGCAGAGCCUGGACGCCUCAGAGUUGGUAGCGCCCUCGCCGCGAAACUCCAGUGCCACGAAACGCGAAGACAUCGAAUCUCUCAUCUCGUCGUUGGUCGAUCGACCCUUAUCCACGACUCCUGGAACGCCCACUGGCAAGAAGCGAAUAAGCGGGCCAGACUCUUCAGACGAUGCCGGCACUCCUCCUAUCCACAGAUAUCAAGACGCUUCGACCGAUACUCAAACACUGUCUUUCACUGAACUGACAACAGUGUACGAGAUACCCGUGGAGUCCAAGCCUGAGGUGAUAUCCUACAGCAAGGGUGUACAGACAACAGAGCCAUGGGAACCUCCGCAAGAGAGCGGAGAAUCAUCAGAUGCGGCAGAUGGUGUUUCGCGCAGUCCUUCAAGAAGACGGAGGAAGCUGAGUCAAAGGGAGCGUGAAUUGGAAGAGGAGGAGAUCAGGCAGAAGUUGAGACAAGAAAUUGAGGAGGAACUCAAAGCUUUACAGCUGGAGGACAAAGUUGAACCAGAGAAAGAAAGGUUUCCAGCGAGAGCGUUGGCGCCGGAGGAAUUGAGUGCCGUCACAAGCAGCAAUGAUUUCUUGGACUUUGUGGAGCGAAGUAGCAAGGUAAUCGAACGAGCCCUGGACGAGGAAUACGAUGUUCUGGCCGACUAUGCCCUGGAUUCGAGAGACGUAGAAGACGACGAUGAAUACGUCGGGAGACGAGGGAGGCGGGUGAAGGAAGUCGCACAAUUCGAUCUGGACGAUGUUAUGGGGACCAAACGAAUGAUCAGCGACAUCGACUUCAGCCCAAAGUUCCCGGAGCUAUUUUGCACAGCAUACACGAAAUCACAACGAUCGCCUCACACGCCUCCUGGUCUACUGAACGUCUGGAAUAUGCACUUGAAAGGACGACCGGAAUACAGCUUGCACGCAACUUCAGACUUGCUAUCCUGUCAGUUCCACCCACAUCAUCCGUCACUCAUCCUUGGCGGGACGUACAGUGGCCAGCUCUGCCUCUGGGACACCCGUGCUCGCAACCAACGAACAGGCGAACCUGUGCAGAAGACGCCCUUGACUGGCGGUCGAACAGGCCAUGCCCAUCCUGUGUACAGCCUAGCUGUGGUCGGUACACAAAAUGCCAGCUCCGUCGUCUCUGUCAGCACCGACGGCGUUGUCUGCGCAUGGAGCACCGACAUUCUCACCCAACCACAAGAAUACCUCGAAAUGCACUCUCCAAACCCAUCAGCCUACAAGACCGACGACGUGGCACCCACCUGCAUCUCCUUUCCAGCCUCAGAUCCUACCUACUUCCUCGCAGGAACAGAGCAGGGAUCGAUAUAUCCUGUCCACCGCUAUGACCGCGCAGGUGCCAAAUCAGGCGUUGACGUGCGGACCAGCUAUCUUGGCCACGAAGCCCCUGUCACCGGCAUCGACUUCCACCCCGCGCGAGGCAAGAUCGAUCUUGGUGACCUCUUCGUUAGUUGCGGUCUCGACUGGACGGUAAAGGUGUGGCGCGCUCGUCCACCGUCGACCAAUACCAGCACUAUUUCUGGACAGGCCGAAGUUAUCAAGCCCUUGCUAGAGAUCCAGCGAGAGGACAGUGUUUACGAUGCCAAGUGGUCGCCCACAAAGCCUGGUAUCUUUGGCUGCGUCGAUGGAGGUGGGCGAUUGGACAUCUACGAUAUCAAUGCCAGCUCUGAGGUUCCCGUCGGUGGUGCUCGGCCGAGCAAUCAGGAGAAGGACGUGUACGCUCUGAAGAGCCUGAACAAGCUUGCGUGGGAGAAGACGCAAGGACGCCACGUUGCGGUUGGAGGCCUAGACGGCGUGACGACAGUAUUUGAGGUUGGAAGUGAGUUGGGAGGUGUAGAUACCAAGAGUGAAGCGUGGGUUGGCGUGAAGAAGUGGGUCGGCAGGCAGACGAAGACGAAGGUGGAGGUUUAG